UUUGACAUUGAAAUGAAACGGGCAGAAAUCGAACUCAACAUUUGCUGAGGGCCGAGUGUUUUGUGAUUUGAUCGUUUUAUUUUUUCCUCCUAGAUUUGAGUAGGUACCUGCCUAUAUUCUGCUCAAAUGAAACAAGUUUUCAUAACUUGGUAAACACCGUGGCGAUUCCCGAGCUUAAAGUAAUAAAAGUGUAUUAAUUACUUCGAUAGCAACAAAUCGAUUUCAUAUAAGAAUCUUUUAUUUGAUUGUGUCAAUAGAAAUUCGGAUAAUAAUGACUUCGGAGGUAUUAACUAGCGCUGGAAAUGAAAUCCGAGAAAACUUGGUGACAACAGCUGUCAAAUUUCUCUCAAACCCAAGUGUACAACGCUGCACUAUGGAGAGCAAAGAGCGAUUUCUACGAGCCAAAGGCCUAACGGACGUGGAGAUACAGAGAGCCAUAGAGAAGUGCGGAGAAUUAGUUGACAUGUCCUCCUUCUCUUCGGAGCUGAGGUUCUUCCAACAUUCACAAGGUUCCUGGUUCAAAGAGAGGAUUCUGCCACUGAUUGUGUAUGGCGGGUUCGCAUAUGGUUGCUACUGGUUCUAUAAGAACUGCAUCAGGCAACUCCUGUUCGUCGAACAACCAAAGAGGAAAACGACAGCAGAAUGCAUAGAAGAGCUACGGAAAUCUCUCGACAUAAUGAACGCGAGUAUAACAUCGCUGCGGGGGGAGCUGCAAGCGGGGGUGCAGCAAAACGCGCUCAGGUCGCAACUCGACAACCUCAAAGACGACAUCGCGUCUGUUAAAGGCAUUCUAUUGAAUAGAAAUCAAUUUCCAUCGCUAAAGACGCGUACAGAGCCGCCAUCGAUCCCGGCGUGGCAACGCCAGUCACAGGAGGCGACAUCCAGCGAGCCGGCCGCGGAGAAGAAGCGGCCGAGGUCGCAGCGCUCCGAGUCCGGGGGGUCCAACUCCAGCGAGGGGGAGCAGGCCACUAAGAACAGCGACAGCAGCUUGGAAAUCAUUACGUGAAGAAAACGACACAGCCCAACCGCUAUAAGGUUAAACAGAAACAAACUUUAGUGUGUGUGACAAUAUUGCACUUUCACUCAACCAAUAAUGAGACGCUAACAGUGUGGUGUAACAAAUAUUGUAAGUUUCCAUGUGGUUUUAUAUGUGUAGAGAAAUAAUUAAUUCAAAAUUCACCUUCGUGUAUAAUCCGUGCCGAAAAAUGUAGCAUUCAAGAUUUUUGGCUCGGAUAAUACUUUCUAAAUUUUCAUUUUAAAAAAUGUGACAAAGAUUGUAUGUUAUUCUCUCGCAUUGCUGUAUGUGUGUUAAAUACUUUGCUAUUAAUUGUGUGAAUUAUAAAAUCUUGCUGACAUGCUUAUGUACUUGUAAGGAACUAGAAGUGUAUAAAACGUUAAUAUUUUAAAGAUAUUCAAGUGCUUGCCAAAUAAAAAAAAACAAUGAAUUGUAUACUUUACCUCUAAUAUGUACGCACACAAUUUUUACCUUACCUUCAUAAUGUUAAAAUAACAAAUUAUUUAUCUGCAAUAAAAUCUCCAAUAAUACCUAUUAAUUUUAUAAAAAAAGGAGUCGUUGUACUUUUCUUAUUACGAUGAUAUAAUAUGGAAUCGAAAAUGCAAAUUAUAUUUUUGUAUAAUAUUUAUGACAUAAAUGUUACUAUUAUUCCCUUUGGAUAACACCAUUUCAAACAUCCAUCCAUCCCAUUUUCAUUCAUUGUACCACGUCACUCUAUUGUGUAAAGAAUGAACAUACUGACAAACAAUCGCAUUUUUUAUGUUGAAAUUAUUAAAGUCUUAAUUUGAAAUCGACCAUAUUAUCAAAAAAUUGUCUAUUCAUUUAAAAAAAAACUUCAAUUUUUGUCAGCGAUUCACCUUUAAAUUACAUCAUAUUAUGCUCAAUGUACCUUAGCCAAAAUUAUCAAGAAUCAGGCUCAAUUUUAAAAGACAUUACUUAAUGUAUAUUUUUAUCGGCGUACAUAUUAGAAUAUUGCAUUUAACCGUUUAAUUAAAAUACAUUUCUGUGAUGUCUGCAUGUAUAAAUAAAUCUAAAUAAGUUUUAACAAUAGCCAUAAUAAUAUUGUUAUUAUUAAUCGAAAGCCGGUUAGUUCUGAGCUUCCUGAGGACUUGGGACUAUAUGAUCUAAAAUCGUCUUUUAAAAUGUCUUCAAAUUUAUUAUACACAUUAAAAAAAACAUUUGUAUACUUCAGAAUAUAUGCAAACUUGAUAGUGUGAUGAAAACAUUAUGUACAUAUUUGCUAAUUUAAAACAUUUGAAAAAUAAUCUUAAAACUAAAUUUCUUUCUUUUAAAGAUCAUAAUUCAUUCAUAAUGUAGGGCAAUAAUUUUUUUAAAGUCCAAUAGAAUUUUUAGUAAAUCGCGUAUUCUUAUUUCUGAGCAUAAAACCUACGUGUGUAUUGCUUUUGUGUGCGUGUGGCUCUGUGUACCGACAGAGCCGGCCGAGGCCGAUGAUUCGUUAAUUGUAUGUGUGCGUGCGACAUUUUAGCGCUUGUAGUUCCCUUUAAUGUUACAUGAAUAGCCAGCUUUAUGCUUUAUGACAGAUAUAAAAAUGAAGCUGGUUAUUGCCACAUCAUUUUGUGAUUCCAUUUAAUUGUCAUAAUUAAUAUUGAAUGUUUUAAUAAUAAUAUGAAAUGGGGUAUCGUGUCAGACAAAUUGUUUUUAUUUUUAUUUCAUGUUUAGGUUCUUUGUAUAUUGUUAAUAUUUUUAGUUAUGGUGUUUUUUAUUAUAAUUUACUAAAUAUGUGAAUCAGGAAUUUACUAAAUAUAUGAUUGUUGUUUUAAUAAAAUAAAAUUCUAAUUCAAUUCAGAAUCAACCAGAAUUCUAAUCUAAAUUCAACGUUUAAAAGUUUGUUUAGUUUGGUAUGAACUACCAAUAUAAAAUUUUAAAUUCUCUUUAGACCAGAUUGUUCCAAUAAACACAAAAGAUUAAUUAUUCUAAUUCAUACAUGUAAAAUAUUUACCUGAUUAUAAUUAAAACGCUAUGGCUCGUAAAAUCCCACUUUGUUUUAACUUAGUUCCUAAUAAGUUAGCUGCUUGUUAGGCACAAGGGGUAUAUUUUAUUGGAUGUAGAUGGUAUAUUAAUAUAACAUAAGUUAGAUUACUGAUUACCGGAGGCGGUUUAUACUAAGAAUGUAUUCGAUUGAUGUAAUGAAUAAUAAUGAAUUUAUCUGGUGUACAAAUAUAGGAUUUUGUGGUUUAUAUAUUAAUCCAUCCAAAUGGUUCAUAAUACAGGAGACCACAUAAGGUCGAAAAUAUAAGAUAGCCCUGACUUUUCUAUGAGGCAAGCUAUAAAUAAAAAAUGUUUUACUUAAAAUAGAACUGAUCUGAUUGUCAGAUGGGUGAUGGUCAACGUAUACGGGCUCUUAGACUAUCAACUUUAAUUGCAGUGAUAUAAAGAAAAUUGCAUUUAAUUAAUCAAUUCAAAGAGGACUGAAUAUAAAACUGUCUGUGAAUCACUUCUUGCUUCCAUGUAUAAUUUUCUAGCCAUUUUUGUUGUGAAUUAUAUUGUAAAUACCAUAUUGUAUUCUUCCCAAUGUUACUGUUAUAAUAUAGUAAUUAUGAUAUUAAUUAAUGUCUGUAGAAUAGUUUAUGGGUGAUAAUUAAACCAAUGAUUCUUGUCUUGAA